GGAAAAACCUUCUCUCACAGCUCAGCCCUUUCUGUACAUCAGAGAAUCCACACAGGGGACAGGCCCUAUGAAUGCACUGAGUGUGGGAAAACCUUCAAUCGCAGUUCGCACCUUAUUAGUCAUCAAACAAUCCACAGAGGAGAGAGGCCCUAUGAAUGCCGUGAGUGUGGGAAAUGCUUCACUAGCAGCUCAAACCUUUCUCAACAUCAGAGAAUCCACACAGGGGAGAGGCCCUUUGAAUGCCGUGAGUGUGGGAAAUGCUUCACUAGCAGCUCAAACCUUUCUCAACAUCAGAGAAUCCACACAGGGGAGAGGCCCUUUGAAUGCAGUGAGUGUGGGAAAAGCUUCACUAGCAGCUCAGACCUUUCUAAACAUCAGAGAAUCCACACAGGGGAAAGGCCCUAUGAAUGCCGUGAGUGUAGGAAAACCUUCAAUCGCAUUUCACACCUUAUUAGGCAUCAAACAAUCCACAGAGGAGAGAGGCCCUAUGAAUGCCGUGAGUGUCGGAAAUGCUUCACUAGCAGCUCGGCCCUUUCUGUUCAUCAGAGAAUCCACACAGGGGAAAGGCCCUUUGAAUGCCGUGAGUGUGGGAAACGCUUCACUAGCAGCUCAAACCUUUCUCAACAUCAGAGAAUCCACACAGGGGAGAGGCACUUUGAAUGCAGUGAGUGUGGGAAACGCUUUACUAGCAGAUCAGACUUUUCUCAACAUCAGAGAAACCACACAGGGGAGAGGACCUUUGAAUGCCGUGAGUGUGGGAAAUGCUUCACUAGCAGCUCAAACCUUUCUCAACAUCAGAGAAUCCACACGGGGGAGAGGCCCUUUGAAUGCCGUGAGUGUGGGAAAAGCUUCACUCAAAGAUCAGUCCUUUCUAGACAUCAGAGAAUCCACACAGGGGACAGGCCCUAUGAAUGCACUGAGUGCGGGAAAACCUUCAAUCGCAGUUCGCACCUUAUUAGGCAUCAAACAAUCCACGUGCUUCAAUCAUUUAUUGUCUCUCUGUUCUCU